CGAAUAGUCUGAGAUAGACACGAAGCAAAAAGGGGAAGUCUUUAAGUGGUGAAAAGUGAAAUCUGAGAGGGGAUUCUCCUUUUCACACACUGCGUUGCGUACACCUGCUUCAUAUUCCCUCCACUUGAGCUCGGUGAAUCAAAGAAUUCCCUCCUCUAGAACCAGAAUAUCUAUGUUAAUAUUCUUAAUCGCAACUAUUUCGAUUUUGAUCGUCGAUUUCGGAUUCUAUAAUCCAUCUUUCAUUGAUUAUUUUUUAAACCCUAUUUGGGUUUCUCAUAAAGUUCUCUUUUCCCAACAAGAACGACAGAAAUUAGCACCCAAUUUGAUAUAUUAGGAGUUAUUCUAUUCAGUUUCUGUUUUCUUUUGUUAAUCUAACUGUAGAGAUCUUUCCAUCGUGCACAUAUCUUGUAAGGUUUUGUUGGAUUUCUUUCAUUUAUUUGCACAAAUUCUCCCAAAUUUGCUGAUAAAUUAAGGUUUUAUGUUUAUGGGCGUCAACGAGAUCGGUUAGUCGAUUUUUGGUUUCUGGGUUUUAAUCUUUAAUAUUGUAUAGUUAUCUGAUCUGGGUGGGUUUCGUUUUGAGUUUGGUGGGGACGUUUGUUGCUAUGUCGGUCCCAAAAUCUGCUGCACGGAUGGAUUACUGGAGGGAGUAUUUUGGUAGCGCUAAUGCGAAUAUAUUCGAUAUCAUUGAAGGAGCGAUCAUGAUGGCUGCUUCUGAUUAUCCAAACGAGUUUAGGAUUAGGAGAGAUUCGAUUGCUCAGACUUUGUUCUCCUGUAGAUUAAUCAAAUGCUCUGGUUGUGAUAAAGAGGAAUUAGCCUUGCCUGUAGAUGAUAAUGCUGAUGACGAUGACGAUGACGAUGAUGCUGGUGAUGAUGACGGAGAUGAAGGGGUUAAGUAUAAGAGUAAAUUAACAGAUGUUGAUGGGAACUGGAGUAAAGAGAGCAGCAAGGUGAUAAAUAGUUCUAGAAACGAUGAUGAUGAUGAUGAAGAAGAGGAAGAAGAAGAAGAUGAUGAUGAUGAUCAUCAUCGUCGUGAUGUAGAGGUUAAUGAAAUGAACCAUCAUGUUAGCAAUUACAGCUAUGGAGAUGCAGAAGCUCUUACCGAUGAAAUUGAAGAAGAAUCCCAGAUGUUUGAUGAGGUUAUGAGGAUUAAAGAGAUUGUUGACAACAGCCCAGAUGAGUCUACAUUCGACAUAUGUAAUUCGUUAAGGAAGCUUCAAUUGAUGAAUUUAUCAGUAGAAACACUCAAGGCAACUGAGAUUGGAAAAUCCGUUAAUGUUCUUCGAAAGCAUGCAUCAAAGGAUGUUCGCCAAAUUGCAAAAGUGCUAAUUGAGGUGUGGAAGCGGAUGGUAGAUGAAUGGGUGAAGGCUACGACUAAAGUGACCGUUUCUGAAGCUACCCCGGAGUCGAUGAAUCCAUCUGUUCUUGAUGAAGAGGAAGGCCUUCCGUCACCUCCUUUAGACGAUUUAGCGUUUUUGAACCCUCACGCAAUGUCAUUGGAGCUAUCCGAGAAGUUCUUUGAUGGCAUGGAUGAUUACGGAAAUCUUAGGAAAAGCGCGGAAUCCAACAAGAACCGUGAUAACAACAGAAAGCCACCAGUCGAGAAGCAAAACAUAACCAAGUUGAAAGAACAAAAACCGUUAAACGGGCCCACCAUGGCCCGAAAGGAGGAUCGUGACUCAAAUGUUAUGAAGCAACAAACCGGUGUCAAACCAACUAGACCUCCCGUUGCCAACUUGGCACCACGAAUUAAACCGAAUGACCGCAAGUUGCAAAACCCUGAAAAACCAACUCUUCAAAAGAGACCAAUAGCACAUCAACAACGUAAACCGUGGCGUGCGAAUGAGGAAAGCGUUCAAGACAAGCUUGAAGAGACAAAAAGGAAACUCCAAGAACGUUAUCAACAAGCGGAAAACGCGAAGAGACAACGAACGAUACAAGUGAUGGAACUGCAUGAUCUACCGAAGCAGGAGGUUCAGGUUGACCGGAAAAACCAACAGAUGAGGCCUGGUAACAACCAUAACAGACAUUGGGCGCAUGGGCGUUGCUGAGCUUUUUUGGGAAUAUAUAUAAAUAUAAAUAUAUGAAUAUAAAUAUAAUAUAUAUAUUAGUUUAGUACAAGUGGGAAAAAGGGGUUGGUGUUGUUUAUCUUAAGUGUUCAUUAUUGACUUUUGUUGUAUAGAGAGACUACAACCACCCCUUCUGGCCACUUCUAAAUUGGUUGGCUGGGGUUGGGGACCCACCUUACCCUAUCCCCCACCCCCAAUCCCCUACCUACCCCAUACUCACAUAACAUAAAGCAUAUUCUCAUGACAUGCUUCGAGAGCACAUACAUAUUAGGUGCAUUUAGUGGUCAAUACACUUACUAAGUGCAUUGUAAUAUGGGAAGUUAAACGUUUAUAUUUAUGGAAAAGAUAAUAAUUUUGUUA